AUGCUGUGGGAGAACGCGGCGGCGGCGGACGAGGAGGAGGAGGAAGAGCCGUUGGAGCAAGUGCCGCACAGCGCGCCGUUUUCUCUGUCAAGCCCCAUCACAGGGACUGCGGGGGCGAUCAGUGCGAGGCGGAGCUGGGCGUGGCGCGAGAAGAUGAGGUCGCUCGGUCGACAAUUAAUGCCGCGACGCGGCAGCUGCGACGACCUGAACGUCGCAAUUGCGACGGCCUCUGUAACGCCGGCGAAGCGAGCGAAAUCGUUUCCAGAGUCGAAGGAGCGCGGCAACGAGAAGGGCGCGAGGCGCGGGCGGUCGCGCGCGGACAGCCGGGGCGUGUGGCGGAGCGUGUACGAGCCGCGGUGGCUGGAGGAGGGGCUGGCGGAAACCUCUGGCGACGACGAGCGGCGACCGCACGGCGCAAAUCGCAACGAAAUGGGAGUGCGCAACGACACGGCGCAGCGCGCGGGGGAAUCAGGGCUCGCGGGCAGGGAGGGUUCGGCGCGCUACCAGCUGUUGCGACAUAACUCGCUUCCCUGCGCUGCCGCUCCUUGGCGCACUGCCCCCUCCAUGCCGCCAACCCCCAUCCCCGUGCUCCGCGGUGACUCCGCCGCCCCUUCGGAAUGCAGCCCCACCGGCGGAGACGCCAGUGUCUGCUCGCCUGCCGAUUCCAAUGACAGCAGCGGCGAGAGGCGGAACACCGGAGCAAAGCGAGCGGAUUGGCGCACGUCGCGAAGAAGCCCCGCGGAAGGGUGGACUCUUUCGAGCGGCACACCAACAGAGGGCGGACAAUCGAGCGCGAAAUGGCGAUCCGGCGCAAUGCGCAUGGGCGGAGAGCAGGCGGACGUGAUUCGGGAAAAGGCAGUGACCAUGGCGGACGCUGCUGACGCUGUAGCGAGUAGCGAGGCUGCUUUCAAGGGAGAUGAAGCAUUGGGAGGGAGUACGGGGGCGGCGGAGGAGUUGGAAGAGGGGGCGGAGAGAGGAACCGAUGGGGGAGAAGCGGAGGGAAAGGGGGAAGGAGGGCAGGGAGGGGAGGGCGGGGAAGGAGAGGAGGGAGGAGGAGGGGGAGGGGAGGUGCCGAUGCCUCUGCGGGUGUACAUGCUGCCACUGACAGGCGAGCUCAACUUCCACGUACUGCUGGUACGACCACCCGCCACUCCUCAGUAUUGCACACCACACAGCCUUCCGUCUCUUCUUGUCACCAGUCCCCAUGCCGCCCCAUGCCAUUGCGCCACUCAACGGUGGCGCUUUGCGAACCGGGUGGCGGUGCAGCUGCAGCACGGCAUGCCGGCGGACUGGCAGUUCAAAGGCAACUCGCUGCGGCCUCGGGCGGACGGCGACGUGGUGGGGUUCAUGGUGCAGGACGAUGGGUGGAUGGAGGGCGGCCAGGGGGAGGGCGGAGGGGGAGGCGGAGGAGGGGGUGGAGAGGGGUUGGUGCAGGUGCCGCAGUUUGUGGAGGGGUUUGGGGUGCACAUAGAGCAGUACGCGGCCGAGUACUGGCUCACGCUCUCCCUGCUCGCCGGCGGGCUGCCCUCCGUGCAGCGCGUGCGGCGGGCAGAGGACGCCCACAUCAUCUUUGUGCCGGCCUUCUCCUCCGCCUUCUAUGCCACUCAGAUGAAGACCAAUGAGAGGCGGAGGCGGGCAGGCGACACGAGGAUACCAGAGGAGCAGCACUUGCUGGCCGCAGUGACACAGCACUCGCUGUGGGGGGACGGGGGCGGGCUGGGCGGAGGGGCCAGCCAGGGGGCAAAGGGGCAGCAGGGGGAGGGCGAGCUGCUGGAGAAGGUGGAGGUGGCGACUGGGAAGGGCUCACCUGGUGGCAGUGGUGCAGGGGAGGCGGGGCGGCAGCAGCAGACAACGGCUGCUGCGGGUGCUGAAAGGGGGGCGGAAGGGGAAGGAAGCGGACGCGGGCGAGCAGGCGCAGAAUGCAGCGCGGUGCACCCACAUGCACUGUCGACGGUGCGGCAUGAGGUGGCAGCAGCGCACAUGCUGAUGGUUGACUUCAGCCAGCCGGCAGAGCAGGUGGCGCAUUUAAACAAGGACGUGCUCGUGCCCUACUCUGCUCUCAUCCCGCCCUUCCUCAAUGACUCGCUGCCGGGGGAGACAGAGGGCGGGCAGGGCAGUGUGGGAGGGGCGGAGGCUGUGGCCGCGUGGGCGGCUGCACGGCCCACUCUGAUAUUCUUCAGAGGCACGCUCAACCGGCAACAGGGAGGGGCCAUGCGGGUGCAGCUGGCGCGGCUGCUGGUGAACGUGAGUGGGGCGGACAUAGCAGAGGGGUCACCGUUGCAGGGAGGGGUGCAGGCGGCCACAGCAGGCAUGCGCGCCUCCAAGUUCUGCCUCGUGCCUGAAGGCGACACGGCAUCAUCAUGCCGGCUGUUUGACGCCAUCCUAUCGCACUGCAUCCCGCUGGUCGUCUCCGACUCGCUGGACCUGCCAUUCGAGGAAGCCCUUGACUACACCGCCUUCGCCCUCUUCCUCCCACAGGCCCUCGCCCUCCGCCCCGGAUACGUCGAGGCCUUCCUGCAAAACGUGUCGCACGAAUCAGCAUUCGCCAUGUGGCAGCGGCUGAGAGAGGUGGCACACCACUUUGUCUACUCCACGCCGCCCACGCCCGGAGGGCGGAGGACAUGA